AUGUUUGCGGCUUUAGUUACUGGGAAACCCGUUGGUCUUGUCGUGCACCUAACGACCUCCCUAGGUCCAAACCGAUUUUGCGAUAGUUGCCGAAGGGAAGUUUUUACUCAACUUGCCAUCUCUGGAGAGCAGUAAUCAUAUCGUCGUCUUCCUAACCGGCCAGGCAACACUACCCGAGGGCUAUGGUGCUGCAGGUAUUCAUAAAUUGGCCCUAAUGUGUGAAGUCCACUUUGGUUUUGUCGAUCAUGGGGUUACUUCUUGGUACUACCUCGGUUUUCUAUUAAACGAGCGUCCCAGCGCAAUAUACAAAGUGUCGGGCCUCAAACCAAGUAUGCUCAGUUUUUCCACUGAACUAAUGCAGCAGAAGCCGAAAGCAUAGUCCCAAGUCCAUUUGGAGAUGUAUCUCUUGUUACCCCAAACGACUCCGUCAUGGCGCAAUUGGGAAUAUCCGUCGAGCCGCUAAGCGAGUUAGUGAACCAGACCCCUGCCGUAAAUAACGUGGCCAAUCAAGACGGAAAAGAAGGUGCAAUGCGGUUUACCCAGUUUGCCGCUGAAAAUUUGUACAAUUUCGCCGCCGGUUGCGCUGUGGAAAUACCAGGGUCGUCCCAGCCCAUCGUUCCUCUUUCGACAAUUCAGCAAUGGUAUGAAGCAACACAACGAAAACUGCUCUUAAAUCCGGACUUUUGGAAAAAGUGA